UCCUUUUUCUUCUUCUUCUCCGUAAGAGUUAGAACAAGGCUUGUUCUCCAAGACGCUUUUUAAUCUCUCUCACAACGCCGGAGAAAAGCAAAUCGGAAUCGGAGUAUAAGACGAACAGAUCUGUAUACGAAGAUGGAGUGUGUAUUCGGUCUUGUUGGAAAUGGAUUCGCCAUCGUCGCUGCUGAUACAUCGGCGGUUCACAGUAUCCUUCUCCACAAAAACAACGAAGACAAGAUCAUGGUUCUUGACUCUCACAAGCUUGUUGCUGCUAGUGGCGAGCCUGGUGACCGGGUUCAAUUUACGGAGUACGUUCAGAAGAAUGUGUCGUUGUACAAAUUCCGUAACGGAAUCCCUUUGACUACCGCCGCUGCUGCGAAUUUCACUCGCGGAGAGCUCGCUACUGCGUUGAGGAAGAAUCCGUAUUCGGUGAAUAUCCUUAUGGCUGGCUAUGACAAUGAGUCUGGUGCAUCCCUUUACUACAUUGACUACAUUGCAACUCUUCACAAAGUCGACAAGGGAGCUUUCGGUUACGGGUCCUAUUUCUCCCUCUCCACGAUGGACAGGCAUUACCGCAGCGACAUGUCUGUAGAAGAAGCCAUUGAACUGGUUGACAAAUGCAUACUUGAGAUCCGGUCAAGAUUGGUCGUUGCACCGCCAAACUUUGUGAUCAAGAUUGUUGACAAAGAUGGAGCUCGUGAUUACGCUUGGCGUCAGUCCGUAAAGGAUGUCACAACUGCUGCUGUCUGAGUUGGUUUGUGUUUGGUUUCAAAUGUUGUGUGUCUGUGACAUUUGCUUUUGAUUUUAAGUUGGGAGUUAGUGUUUUGACACUUUUAAUCUUUGAGCAUCAAUAGUGUUUGCGAUUCCAUAAAAAUGAUAUGUAUUACUUCAACAA